AAUGUCCGGUUGUACAGCACAGUAUCAUCACUUCGGCGAGGCAAAAAGGCUGGGAAAGUGCGUCGUUUUCAACCAGUAUCACAAGCUUAAGUUGGCUUUAGCUUUCUAACUGUAGGACACGGCGAGAGAGUAAAAACAAAGCUGGGUUGGAGCACUACUCUAGUUCCUCAAACAGUAGCCGUCCGUUGUCCGCUGCCACCUACAGUCAAUGUUUGAUAAGAGUUAAUUUACCUUCGGGAUAUUCGUAUGUAAGAGCACGUAGACAACUUCAGGAGAACGACAUAAAACUUCGACUGAACUCAACACACCUGUGAUACAUCACGUCUCUUGAAGCAAAAUCACUCCGCCAACCGUAACCCUGAGCAACCUUAAAGACAAAGUGCGCCACAUCUGUUCUUUCCUUGAUGACCAUUACGCCAAAUAAAGACGACAUAGGGUGCGCUGCACGGUUUAAUAAUACAGAAUCGAAUUCGAUAGAUAAUCAUAUGUUUCCAUAGAAACCGAUGAUCCACUCCCUGCUUCUCCGUCAUUGGACGGUCCUGCCAUACGAUUUAGUAUCGCUUUCGCUCCUUAGCCUCAAAACGCGCAUGCUCAGGAUUGCGAGACAGGGUUACAGCCUGUGUCUGACUAUAUUAGGAGUUAACUAUUAAAUUGUAUUUUAUUAUUUUUGAGAGCUGACCCAGGUUAAACUAUCGAUGCUGUCACCAGGCUGCGUAAUACUAAACACCGUAGAAUUUCAGCGAGUGUUUGUUAGGUGCUGAAAUCAAAAGCGAAAGUUUGGAGGUAGCCUGCUAUCAGACGUUAUAUUACUUUAUAUAGGGCUCUUUUCAGGAAGUAUUUGUCUCUUAAACUGUAACUUUAUAAAACUUUGCAUUCAAGACUGCAUGGGGAUGAUCGAAGUUAUUUUAUUUGGAUGUUUCCUGACGAGCGUUUACGCUGAUGCUGUCGCAGAUGUGGUCCUCUCCUGCACCCUGGUGGAGGAGGGUGUGGGAGGAAUGGGUGGUCGUUCUCUGUUCAGUCGGACCCCAGCCACCCUUGUCCUAAGAGACGUUGCUGUUGGUCCUGAUGAAUCACUGGAAACACUCACCCCCUUUGUCCCACCUUCGAUCCCUGAUCCAGACGCCUACCUGUUUGAAGCCAGAGUGUCAUCAGCAGAGAUCCCAAAAGCAGACGUGUUGCUUCAUGCAGACUGCAAUGAGCAGGAGGUGACGUGUGAAAUGAGUCGAUAUAUUCCUCAAGGAUCCCAGGAGAGUUCAGAUGCAGUUUAUUUCAUGGUGUCUCUAGAUGUAGAGGGCGUUGAGUUCAGCACUGCAUUGAUCCUGCAGACUGAGACGGUGAACACAGAUGGGUCAACACUCAUACAAAACAAACUUGGUCUGCCUCUUAGCCAAUCAGGGACUCUUCUGACUGAAGUGAUAUUUGUGGUGUUUUCCCACAUUAAGGCUGUAUCUGCUCAACUGAGAGGUGAUGUUCUUCUCGACUGUGGCUUCAGACAGAGAGAGAUCCCAUUAUCACAGGAGGUGGCCAUUGAAUGGCGACUGCAGCACAGAGGAAAAGGGCAGAAAGUGUUAGAAAUGAAGACGAGGCUGGAUGAUGCAGAGGGGAGUACAUCUGUGCAUGUAGAGAGGAAAGGAUCAAGCGUGGAUGCAGCCUUGGUGGUCACAGAGGGAAAUGCCUCUAUGACUCUGACCACAGUUAAAGUUCAUGAUGAGGGGGCGUACAUCUGUACUGUCAGUGUCGGCCUUUUUCACGCACAGCAGAUCGUUCAUCUCAACAUCCUUCAGGCCCCUCAAGUGUCUCUCUCAAAGGAGAAAUUGGUUGUGAAGACACGGACAACACUGAGUUGCCACUGUGCUAAAUAUUACCCCCUGGAUACUCAGAUGGAGUGGUUGUCCCUCUCUCCUUCAGACUCAGAGUCCUUAGUGUUUCCAGAUCAGGGCGCUCUGUCCAGCCAUCGGCAGCACGGAGAUGGGACUUACUCGCAGUCCUCUCACCUCACUGUGCCCUCUGAUGUCGCCCCUGGAACUAAAAUCAUCUGCAGGGUGUCACAUCAAGCCCUGGACUCUCCGAUCUCUGUCAGUGUGGAAGUAGAAAGUCCACAACUAGACUCUUAUUGGUGGUUUCUGGGUUUCUUGAUCAUCACCGUGCUUUUCUUCGUCCAAGUCAUGAGAUAAGUAAGAUGGCAGUAUUCUCAAAGAUCAUCAAGACUUGAGCCCGAGCCUUUAAGGGCUGCUUUUGUGUUAUUUGUGAGAAAAUUGUAACUGUUUUUCUUUUUAGAAACUGUGACAGGUUCUUCUAACUCUUAUAGCCCUCUAAUGCAGUGGUCCCCAAACCUUUUUGGGACAUGGACUGGUUUCAUGAAAGACAACACUUUCAUGGACCUGCUGUCAAUGUGUGGGGGAUAAAUCAAUGAAGUAACAUGAUACAAAAGACAUAAAAACAAAGUGCAGAAAACAUACAACUCAUCAUGAUGCCAAAUUAGUGGGUGUGCGAGAAUCACCUGUCUCAAUACACAGGUAUUUAAAGUUGGGCUCCAGGUAUUGUCUUUUACAUUCAGCUCUCUUUUCUUUCUCCAUCUUGUGGGCUUAAGUUUUGGGUAUGACAGACAAACAGACGACAUAACAGAAGAAGAUCUAAUCAUUUUUUAAAAUAAAACAGCUUUUAAUCUCUGAUAGUCAGUUAAAUGGAAAUAAAAUAAGUUAUUUAUUCUACCUGUGCGGCCCUGUAAGAAAUGACCCACAGACCAGUACCGGUCCGUGACCUGGGGGUUGGAGACCGCUGCUUUAAUGAAUAGAGAAAUACAAAUGAGAGUGAAACUGCACUUUUUGUAAGUGUAUCUUUGUUUGUUUUUGAGUUGUGAUAUUGGAUUACUUGUGUUAUGACUUUACUGAGAACAGUUUGCGCUUGAUUCUCUCAUUUUUUUCACAUUGUAUUUUAUUUGGCAUUAAAAAACAAUUUAGUCUCAUGAAGUCAAUCAAAAACAGCAUUCAUCCUGCACAGGUAGAGCAGCUUGGAGAGAUUACAUUGGAAUGAUUGGUUAUACAGCAGUGAGUACCAGAAUCAGCAAAACAAUGAAAGCAAGGUCUGAUUUUAAAUGGGUUAAUGAUUUUGUAACGUAGGCCGAUGAUUGUCUGCAUAACCUUUUGUAAAUGCUGAAAGACUUCUAGCCGAAGUUCUAAUGAUUGGUCUGAAUUUGAAAACAGUACCAUGCACUAUUAUUUUUAUAUCUUUUUACUGUAAAAUUUGAUCAGAUGAUAUUCUGUAAAUCUGUAUAUUUUGCUAAAGCUAUUUAAACUUUUCAAUUGCACUGUCGUCAGUCAUCCAAACAUUAUUUAACUGACAAUCCUGCCAUUUCUGUUUUAAAUUCUAGUGGCAUGUUCAGAAAUAUUGAUACACAGAUACUUUAGGUCAGGUUGAUUUUUUUAUACAUGUCCAAGACAUGCAUGGGCUUGAAUGUUUUUUUGUUUGUUUUGUUUUGUUUCUGUAGUGCAUGAUGAAGCAGCUGUGAAAGGUGAAUGGCCGAUUUACAAAUAGUAAAGCCAAUGAAGGGGCAAAAAAGGGGAAGGUGUCCAUAUUAGGGCCUCUGCACUCACCAACCACUCUCUAAGUUAUACCUCCUCAGCUUUUUAUUAGGGCAUAUUUUUCUAAUCAGUCAGUCACAUGGUAGCAACCAGUUCAUUUAGGCAUGUGGCGAUGGAACAUCUGUUCUUGUAUAAUUUGUGCAUCAGAAUGAGGAAGAAGGGAAAUUGUAACUUUUUUAAAUGUGCCAUGGUUGUUUAUGCAGGACAGGCUGGUCCAAGUAUUUCAGAGAAGAAUGACCGGACUGGUUCAAGCUUCUAGAAAGGCAACAAUAACUCAAAUAACUAUUCAUUACAACAGAAAAGCAUCUCUGAAUGUAUACCACAUUAAACCUUAAAGCAGUUAGACUACAGCAACAUAAGACCAAACCGGAUGCCACUCUGGUCAUUUAAGAAGAGGAGGUUGAGGCUACAAUUCAAACAGGCUCACAAAAACAGGACAUUGAAAGAUAGGAAAAAUUUUGGCUGAUCUAAUGAGUCUCCAUUUCUAUAACAUUCAGAAGAGUCAAAAUUUGGCAUAAUCAUGAAAGCCUGCCAGACUACCAAUACCCACGGCACAUUCAAAGUCAUUUAAAUCACCUUUCUUCCUCCUUCUGUUUGAACUCUGUUUGAACUUCAGCACAUCAUCUUGACCAUGUCUACAUGUCUAAAUUCACUGGUUGCUGACAUGUGACAGACUGAUUAGAUAUAUUUGUGAGUAUGAGCAGCUGAACAGGCAUGCCUAAAAAAGUGAUCAUUUAGUAUAGUUUAUGUUAACAGACAACAUCUGGGGCCAGACUUUAAAAUAAAAAAUAUUUAUAUUUUUAGCAAAUAAAGGUAUUUUUGUCUUCCAGAAUAUGUUUAAUUUAUAACCCCUCGUUCACCAAUACUGCAGCUUACUGUAUGAGGGCGAUUGAGAUAUUUUAUGUACAUGUUCCUGGGGCAGCUAUGUUGUCCAUUGUUGAGUUUGAUGCUGUGUCACAAUUGAUGAAAAAACUUUUGUUCUGGUUCUGCAGCAGGGAAAAAUGUACUGUUAAAGAUCCUGAAGUGGAAAGCUGAUGUAGAAAACCAGAGUUUUUAAUCAAGAAUGUACUGCUAAGUAUGUGUCAUCUCCUAGCUCACAGAAAUUCUAAGGAACCAGAAAGAUUUAAGUCAUUAAAGAGGAUUUGUUUCAGCUUUGAUGAUUCUUGUCUAUUUCUAUUCAAUGCACAAUAAAGUGCAUAUUUGAGAGCUGUAGCUUGCAUUCCUGAGUUAAUAAUGGCAGACAGGCUGACAUUGUUCCUGAACAAAUGAGAGGGGUCUGACUGUACACCGCUACCUACAGACCGUUCAUCUGAGACGCUAUCUCUUUCAAAACAAAAAUAUACACUAAAACUUACUAAAUAAAAUUGGGAUUACACUUACAUUUAGGGUGGGUUAGGAUACAAAAACGUAAAGGUCAGAAACCUGACCUCUAAAACCUAAUAAAAUGUUUUUGAUAAAGCCUAGUAAGCAGUGUGCUUACAGGACAAAAGUUUGUCCUCCAUGAAAACACAUUAACGCAGCAAACAUAGCAUAAUCAGCUGCAUAAGCUAUGUAGCUACAUAGACAAUGUAACUAAAGCUAAGCAUACAAAGCAGCUACGUGAAAUACAUAGGUACAUUCUCUGUGUAGCUAUGUUAGCUUAGCUUCAUUUGCUAAAGCUCACCUUGCUAAAGCUAACGUAGCUCCAUUGGCUUGUGUAGUAACUUUGAUUAUGUAGCUAGCCUAGAUAUGUUAGCUUUAGCUGAGGCUAACGGAGCUAAAGUGAGCCACUGUUAGUGUAACUACUUCUAAAAAGGUUUGUACAUAAUUCAAUCCCAUAUUAGACCUCUGGCCUUUUUCCCUGUUUAAUUUAUGAAAUGCUGCUUUAGUCUGUAAUCCUAGCAGUGUGCUUAUUUCAUGUAAUUGACUGUUUUUUCCUAAAAAAGUUGGAUUAAAAAAAUAGAAUCAGGGAGUGCACAGUCUAGCCGUCUAAGGCGCUACCCAAGUAUGCAGGAAGCCUGGGUUCGAAUCCGGCCCGUGGCCCUUUGCCACAAGUCUUUCUUCACUCUCUCUCCUGUUUCCAACUCUAUCCACUGUCCUCCUCUAUAGAAUAAAGGCACAAAAUGCCCCCCAAAAAAACCCAAAACAUAGAAUCCAAAACAUUGUACCAGCAAAUUUCAGCACUACUGUUCUGAAAUAUAUUGCAUGUCAGAUGAACAGCCUGUGAGAGUGGCUGUCAGAGAGGAAGAGUCUGCAGCCAGACUGUUUUGGAUAAAUUGCUUCCAUCUCAGUUGUUUGUGGGAUUAUAUAUUGAAAAGAUAAACACAAUAUCUAAGAUAAAGCAGCAUAUUUUAACUCAUCAUAUCUUCUGAAUAUAAUAUUCUUUUGGGAGCAAAUGGGAAGCUAUGGGAGGCCUAAUGUGGCCCUCGGUCUGCCAGCUGAUAACUGCUGCUCUAGUUAUCAGCUGUUUGGUUUUUGUUCAAUUGGUACUAUUCUGAAAAUAACAUUAAGACAUGUUCUGACUUGUUUUGUGAGUUUUGUUGAUGUUUCUUUUACAAUGAAGAAUAUUUUGGCUCAGCAGCAUUGUUUGAGAUCCUCAACUUGAUCAAUGCAGCAACUUCUUUUCAAUAAUACUUGUUUCAGCUGGAGUAAGUCUGUAUGGCUAUUGUGAGAAAACUAGUUAUUUAAACAGUUCAAACUGAAUAAAAGUGUUCAAGAAUAAAAGAAUAUACUCAGAAA